AUGGCUUCUUCGAUGACACAUGUUAUGUCAUAUCAAUGCCCGUUAUGUGGUUACACGGAAGAAAAUUUAGAAGACGUACAAGCGCAUGUUAACGCACACGGUGUUCUAGCAGGAACAUCAGUCCAAGAUCAGGACAGUGAGAUUUUGAUUCCCAGUCCUAGUCCUCAAAAUGAUUUCAGUAAUACAAAAUGGCCCCAUAAGGACAUUUUGCAACUAAUUGAAUUGCGUAAAAGUUUGAAUGAAAUGUUCGAAAAUGGGCCAACAAGGAAGUCCAUAUUAUGUAACAGAAUUGCUGCAGAAAUAUCAAAAACAGGAUUAGACGUGUCUGGGAAAGGAUGUAGGAAGAAGUGGGAUGGACUGUGGAGAACAUACAAAAAAGUAAAAAAAAAACAUAAUAAUACAUCUGGCAACAACAGGAGGAUGUGCUGUUACUACAAUAACAUGGACGAGUGGCUUGGUGAACGUCCUGAUGUGGCAUCACCUUUCACUCUUAGCAGUGAAAGUGCAUCUACAUCUACAUCUUCACUGCCUGAAGUUCCUGCAUCACCAUCACCAGUCCAACGUCCAAAAAAAAAAAAAAACUGCUAA